GGGGGAUGGAUUCUUUUCAAUUUGCCUUCGGUGCGUAAAAGACUUCGCCAAGUCGGUUAGUGGAGGGACCGACCAGGAAAAGAUUCCGUGCACGUUUUAGCGUGUGUGCGCGCGCGUGUGUGUGAGUGAGAGAGAAAGAGAAGAAGACUGUUGAAAGCUCGGGAAAGUAUUUGAUCCAAUGCGUCCGGAGCCGCCGGUGGAACCGCAGGAUCACCGGAGCAGGCCAGAGAGCGACGGGCAGGCGGCAGCUGGGACCGACCGGACCGGACCGGACCGGACCGACCGACCGGACCGGCGGGGUCUGCGGGGACUUGUACCGGCCGCUGGACGCUCAUGUGCCCGCUCCCCUCCUCCUCCCCACUGGCACCGAGGUUUCUACUUCCUGUGACAUCAUCACACCAUGCCUGAGGGGUCACGGCGUGGCAGCCAGCGAUCGUCCAGUACCACAGCCACCAAGCGUCCCUCCUCAGUCUCGUCUCUGAGUGGGAUUGUGGGAAGGAUGAUGUCAUCCGGCGAGCGGGGAGCCUCGUCCUCCUCCUGCACCUCCGUCAACACCGUCUGCUCGGACGGCGAGCGUCCCGCCUCGCUCUCCCUCUCCUCCUCCGCCUCCUCCGCCUCGCUGCACGACACCUCCCACUCCUCCUCUUCUUCCUCCUCGUCCUCCUCACUGCCGUAUGGCGCCGUGCCGGCCUACAACGCCUCUUCGUCCUCCACGCCGAAGAGGAAUGGCUCGGACAUCAGCCUGGACCUCACACCCUUGGUCACGCCACAAGGGGGAGGAGUUCCUGGAGGCAGAGGAGGAGGAGUCAGUGUUUCCAGGGCAACACCAGGAGGACAUCCUGAUAACGGACAGGUAGCUAACGUGGUCGUGGCGGCGGCGGCGGAGGCCACGCCCCGGCAGCUGUCGCGCCUGGAGAGAGUGGUGAUGGAGAUCGUGGAGACAGAACAAGCGUACGUCAGAGACCUGAAGAGCAUCGUGGAGGAUUAUCUGGGCUGCAUCAUCGACUGUGGAGUUCUGCCUCUGAGGCCGGAGGAGGUGAGCUCUCUGUUCUGCAACAUCGAGGACAUCUACGAGUUCAACAGUGACCUGCUGGAGGAUCUGGAGAGGAGUCCGCACGCCGCCGCCAUCGCAGAGUGCUUCGUCGAGAGGAGUGAAGCCUUCGACAUCUACACACUGUACUGCAUGAACUACCCCAACUCGGUGGCCGUACUGAGGGACUGCAUGAAAAACCAAAGUCUGGUUCGUUUCUUCCAGGAGAGACAGACGACUCUGAACCAUUCGCUACCUCUGGAGACGUACCUGCUCAAACCAGUGCAGAGGAUCCUCAAAUACCACCUGCUCCUGCAGGAACUGUCCAAGCACUUUGACAAGAGCGCCGCAGGAUAUGAGGUGGUGGAGGACGCCAUCAUCACCAUGACCGCGGUCGCCUGGUACAUCAACGACAUGAAGAGGAAACAGGAACACGCCGUUCGGCUGCAGGAGAUCGAGUCCUUGCUGGUGAACUGGAGCGGGCCGGACCUCAGCGGGUUCGGGGAGCUGGUUCUGGAAGGUUCCUUCAAGGUCCACAGGGUGAAGAAGGAGCGAGCGUUCUUCCUGUUCGACAAGAUGCUGCUGAUCGCCAAGAAGAGGCUGGAGCAGUUCGUGUACAGCACGCACAUAUUUUGUUGUAAUCUGCUGCUCGUGGAGACGCUGAAGGAUCCGCUGUGCUUCCGAGUGUCCGACCAGACGAUUCCCAAACAGCAGCACGUCGUCCAGACGAAGAACCAGGAGGAGAAGCGACUGUGGGUUCACUACCUGAAGAGACUGAUCGUAGAAAACCACCUGGCUUCACUCCCACAGAAGGCAAGACAGGUGCUGGGAGACAACUUCUGUCAAUCUCCUCAGUUUGACCAGGACCACCUGAAGAGGAGCUCUGCCUCGCCACGACUGGACGACUUCCAUGGCUUUCACAGGGGCCGACGCCAAUCAGAGCCUCCAGAGCUGCUGACGUACACACCGGAGAAGUCCAGGAAGAGUCUGCCGCUACUGCUGGAGGGAAACCUGCCAUACAGACGCACCAGGAGACAGUCAGCUCCGGCUAAAGACAUCGAAGCCGUGUUUCAUCCCAACGCCCUGAAGCAGGCGGGCAGUGAGGGCGAGCUGUGCCAGGCUGACGGUCUGGGCUCAGCUGGUAGCAGCAGCACGCUCGCAUCCUCCGUCAUCGAGGUGGAGGCCGAGCGGGCUGAACUCGGCCUGAUGCCACAGCUACGACCAAAACCGGAGGAGGAGGACGAGGAUGAUGAGGAGUUGACCCCCCUCAUCCCUCCUCCUUCUCUGUCCAUCACGGAGGAGAUCCUGGAGUUCAUCAACCAGAGCAGAGCCAGGGAGGGACUCGCCUCCAUUCAUACGGAUGCAAUGGAGCCGGUCCUUGAUCAGCUUAAAGAAAGUCAGCCUCCAACUAACCAGAACAACUUCACCUGCCCACUGCCCCCAGUCACUUGCCCCUCCAGCCCAGAACAAAGAACCUCAAGGCCACAGGAGAAGGAAAGAGCAGAGAUGGAGGAUGACAGCAGCCUCCCAAGUCAGCCUGAUGGCUCUGGAAGGAAAGGCAAGGAAAAUGGAGUUGAAAAUGAGACAACAACAACUGAGGUCAAAGAAAUUCCAGAUGCAAAAAGUCAAGUGGAAGAGGGAGUGGAAGCAGAUGGAGAGAAACAAGGAGAGGUAGAAAAAGACAAAGAGGAGAAUCAAACCAGAGAUGAAGGUGAGGGAGAGGGCAUCAUCGAUACUCCAACAUCAGAUCUUCAUUCCUCCAUCUCAGCAGAGGAAGAGAGAGAGAACAGCAGCAGCUGUAAUAUACCCAGGGAAGAAGCGAACACUGGGGUCACAACCGCCUCCAAGAAUCCAGAUCUCUUCCUUCACCCCAUCCAGAGACGCCAGCCACCAACAAGAGGCUCCCACCUCACCAAACGGGACAAGAAGAUCAUCGAAAAGAUCAGGAGUUACUACGAGGCAGCAGCCGAAGCCGGAGAAGAUGAGGCAGAGGAGGAAGAUGAACUGGGAGAAGGAGUGGCAUCAAGGAGGCGGAAUAGUUUCUCACAAAUCCCAUCCGGAUUGGUGAAGGGGUCUGUAUCACGCUUUGAUGUGAGUGGACAUCAGGGGAAGACAGAGAGUGGACAAUCCAAGUAUGAAACAACUGAAGCAAUCGAUAGAGAGACUGAUGGAGAGACAGGUCCCUAUUUCCUCACUCAUCCCGCUGAUGCAGAGAAUGAUAGACAUGCAGAUAAGCCAAUCGGCUCCCUAGAUUUUGAUGUGGAAGGCGCUAUCAAGACACCAGCCUUUUCCACGACGCAGGACAAGGACACUCUAAACCAAGUGGGUGUGAAUCUGCAGUUGAAUCAGAACCAGCCUGUUGGAGAAGAGACUGAGAAACAAGAUACAAAUGGAAAUGUCUGCAAAGGACCAUUGUACGAAGACCUGGAAGAAGGGCAGGAGGAAAAGACUAGUGUUGUUGUUACUGUGGAGCAAGGUGGACAUUCAGUGAAAGGAGAAGGACCAUGUACUUCCAAACAUCACAGGUGCCGAGAUGAAACAACCAAUAUCCAAGCUGUUAUGAGUGGUUGUGAACCAAACCAAGCAGGCCCAGCAGAACCAAUGGGAAACCAAACAGACCCCUCUACAGGUCUGUCACCUAUAGAACAAUGUCAAAAAACUGAGACCAAAACUGAGUCCACUUUGACUACAACCAAUCACAGAGACCUAGACAAGACCAGCGGGAACCUUGAGGGUCUUCCUAGUCAGAUAAAAGUGGGUCGAUGGUCCCGCCACACCAGGAUUGUCACCGCUAACCGGGCUUUGUUUGAGGGCAUGGGGUCGGAUGUAGCCAGUAUUGGAUUAUUUGAGUCCAGCCCUGUGGAAAACUCAGAGCGUAUUUUGAGCAAGGUCCAAACACUGGCCCGGAUGUACAGUGCCAAGGCCAGCACCAUGAAGGUUCCACUGCAUCAGAAACGGGCUUACGGUGUAUGGAACCAAUCAUGGGGCUUUUCUGGACACUCAACUCAGACCCAAACUACAAGCCAGCAACAGGUUCAGUCUCAGACUCAGACAGAAAUCCCAACUACUCACCAGCAGCCAAAGCAACACCAAAUGGAAUCAGAUAACCUCACAGACACCAACAUUGGAUGCCAAAAUCACGCCGAGACCAAAUUUCAGAGCCAGACCACAAAACAGUCUAGGCAGCAAUCUCUGAUCAAAACUAAAGGCCAGAUGUGGAGUCCAACGCAGACACAUUACCAAAGCCAAAAACAGACCAAUAUUGGCAGCAAGUAUCAGACGCAGACCAUGAUCUUGGAGAACCAGAGGAUCCAGGAGGAGAGGAUGCUAACGAGAGCAGAGAGUCUGACAAAUGAUUUCCAGGGAACAGUGACAUCCCCCAGUGAACCUCGGCUGUUUGGUCAGCCGACCUCGGCCUCUCACCACCAGAUGAAUGAGUUCACCCUCUCCAGGCCCAGGGACUUCAUCUUUGCCUUGGCCAAAGAAAGAGACUCUAGUGUGGGCUGCAGAUUAUUUGUCAACCCCCAGACUUCCACCAUCCCUGGGGCAAAUCCAUCCACUGCACUAAGAGAUCCAUCAUGCAGUGAAACCCAGGCCUACAACAACACCUACAACCCAGGGCACACUUUCACUGACAGGUCCGUGGAUUGUUCAGCAUCCAGGCAUCACUUCAGUGCACAGCCUGAAGAUCAGAGCACCGGUUUAUGCUGCUCUGGCACAAACAGCCCCUUGAUUUCCUCCAUGACUUUGGACUGUAGAGUCACCGAGUUCAGUGACCGCUGCCCUCCCACGGGGAGAGGUGAAGCCCUGAAUCCAGAUACUGAUCAGACAAACAAAAAAGAGGGGUCAGAUCAGAGUGCUGGACACCCUGUUAACUCAGUCAGAGAAGACACAACACCCGUAAACAUCAUGACCCAGCCAGCACAAAAAUAUAACCCAGAUACACCGGCUACACAUGAUAAAGGAAUACCAGAAUACGACAUUUCUACAGGGCAUAAAGACAACAAUGAUACCAAGGAUGUGCAGAGUCCUGAUGCAGAGCCUGAAUACUUGGUUUGCACAAAGAACAUGGAUGGAGAGCUGGUACUGGUAGUAGCAUCUACACAGAACCAGCCUCCAGCAGAGUCCCCACGCUCCAUGGUGCCUUUCCCAGGGGAGCAGACCCAACUGGAGGAGGGAGGAUCUACUACACUGGGGACAUUUGGAGGGCCAAAGAAGCAUGAGCUCACAAGCGAUCAGAUGAAAUCAAAAGAGACAAAAUAUGAUUUAAAUUCCUCAGCUCAAACCAGGAUGAUGCUAAAGGGCUCCAUGUUGAUCUUCUCAGAAGAGCCAUCAUACCAUAGAUCCUCAAGAGAACUAGUUAAUCCACCACCCCUGAGUCAGCCUUUGCACUUGAACUUUGACCCCGCUCUGGCUUCUAGUCAUGCAAUCACAGAAACACCAGAGGGUCGCAAGGAAAGAGAGGGAGCAGCACCAAGUCCAUGGCCAUCAGUUCAAUACCCAGCAUCAACUCCCCCCGAACCACGCCCUCCAUCAGUGCAGUCUGUGGACUGUCUACCAACCUUCACCAGCCAGAGGCCACCAGACUUACCCACUGCUAUGGGUGAACAGGCUUCGUCUAACCCCUGGAAUGUCAAUAUCACCACUCCACAUGACUAUAGGGAACAAGACCACCAGGCCUUCAGCACAUCUUCAGACUGCCGCCGACCAUCCAGACCCUCCUCAGAGACAGCAAGCCUGAUGGAGCGACCCAACCAAGCAAUUUCCACCUAUACCCAGAACACAGAACUCACCCCGGCCCCCUCAGCCUUCAGACCCGGCCUCAGACAGUGCUCCCCUUCUCCUGUAAGGCCUUCUCCCACCUCCUCUCCACCCCCGACUUCCUCCUCCACUGUCCGAGCACCACCUUGCUCCUCACCAUUCAGGGUUGUUCCAGCAUCGCCUCACACCAGUGUAUCUGUAGAAGGCUUCACCUCCCCAAACGUGUUAUCUGGGGCGCUUUCCUGUUUAUCCCCUACUUCCUCUUCUGGCAGGAUUUCCACCAUGAGAUCCCCACCUGCCUCCUCUCCAACACCUUCCACAGCUUUAACCCCCUCCUUCUAUUCUUCUUCAGGGAGGCCUUCAUCAGUAAGAUCAGGUCUUCCAUCCUCCCCUACACCAUCCUCUUCCCUCUGCACCUCCCCCAUUGCUUCUUCCUCUGCAUUUACCAGAUCUUUAGCUGCCUCCUGUAUCAGUCAGUCUAUCAGUCAGAGUAUGGCAAAAAAGAACACUGCCCGGCAACAAGCCCCACCCAUGAAAUCAGUAAAUCACAGCCCUUCGUCCACUCCGUCCUUACCCUCGUCUCAUCUACAACGGCAUUCCACUUCUCCUAAACUCCCUCCCAGUCAGCAAAGUUUCAGUACGGAUGGGUACCAACAUCCAAGGUGUCCACCGUCCUCUUGCCAUUCCCUGUCGCCCACUCAGUCCCCUCCUCAUUCUCUUUCGCACCGCUCACCCUCCCCAUCUAUGGUCCAUCAUCAAUCUACUCCCUUUUCUUCUCCUUCCUCCCGUCCUUCAUUCCUUCACUCAAAAAUUGACUCACUGCAGAAUGCAAACAACAACAAUAACAUUUGGUUAGCUGAUUCAACCACAGUGAUCAACAAUGUAAGUAAUACCAGUAAUUGUAGCAUUAAUGGUGCUGUCAAUAAUGGGGGUUGUUCAGGAAAACUACAGAAAGCGCCAUUAGCUAAUGGUAGCCCCAAUGCCACAGUAAUGCAACACACCCAUGAUCCUUUCUGGUCGGGGUCCCACAACCGAGUAGCACAGCCUUUUUCUGCAUCCGAACCCAGCUCACGAGUUCAGUCCCCAUCUCCAUCCCCAACCCCUUCUUUGUUUACUCGCCUCUGUUCCCCACCUCCUCAACAUAAUUACUGCUCCCCCAUGGCAAACAAACCUCCCCACCCCCGGAGCACAAGGGCAGGAAGUGCAAACUCCCAUAAUCCACUAGGCCUAACUUUAGAGCUACCCACGGCCUCUUCAGUAAGCUCGGCAUUUGUGCAGUCAUCCUCAUGUCUGAGCCCCCGGAUUCUCUCCCCACCACCCAUUGGUGUGUCAGUGAAUAUGUGGAAAAAUAAUGUUGCAGCACCUCAACCUAGAAACCCCGGAUUUCCUUCCUCUUCUCCUUCAUCUCCCUUUUCCUCCUCUUUAAAAUCAUCAACAUUCACCUCCUCUACGGUCCCACUGCACAGUUCCAGAGCCGCAUCCCCUUCUGGAACCUGUCCUACUACAUCCCAAACACCGUCCCAAACGCUCCGUAGGUCUUUCUCUUCCAAUUUAUCUGACAGACCCCCAAGUCCAGCGCGGAGCAACCCGAGCGGAAUGCGCCGCUCGUGGGCAGAGAGCAGUCAUAGGUCAUUCGGUUUCAGCGGAAGUGGUCAAGGGUCCUUUGACCAGCAGGAGUCAUGUCCAACCAGUCCAAGGAGUGGAUGGUCCUCAUACAACAGCUCACCCUCAUGCCUCAGUCCCCGAGCGGGACUUCAAUCCCCUCUCUCACCUAGCAAACUUACUCCAGGUAAGGGCACCCUUAGUGGGCAGCAUUUCACCAGUGUGCCUUGGCCAGAUGUACGAGAGCUUUCGACCAAAUAUAGUGGGACUGAUAGCCUAGAUACAAGUGCAACUUCCACUGUCAUCGCCUCCUUUCCUUCUACUCUCUCCCCGCUCUCUCAUUCCUUCCUCUAUUCUCCAGCUCCAUCAGAUAGCCAGAAAGAAUGGGGAGACCCAGAGCUAGUAGAGGGUAACUGUCGUAGCCAGCUCAUCUGUGCCUACGUUGCUCGGCCCUUCCAUGAACAAACCCUCUCUUCCUCUUGUCUGGCCAUGUCCUCCUCAGGCAUGACCUCCCCUCCACCUACCCCCUAUCAGUACCAAAACCACCCAUCCCAAAUUAAAUUACAACCUCAGGUCCAAAUCGCCACCAAAACCCCUUCUGUACCCUGUGACCACUCCCCCUUGCCCUCAAGCUCAUCACCCAUAUCUUUUUCCCAUUCCUCCCCUACCAAAAUUGGGAACCAGAAGACCAGUUAUGCCACCACAGUCAACCUCCAGAUUGCUGGAAGUGGCCGAAUAACCUCCUUAAGCACUGCCCAAGUUAGCCUGACCCAAACCCUGCAAGCUGGAGCCGGAGCUGGAGGAUCAGGACAAGGGCAGAUGGUGAGGAGAGUAAGCAUCAAUGGACUUUCACACAUUCCCUCCCCUCUUCCUCAGAACUGUAACAGGCUUUGAAAGAGGGAACUCACCUAAAGAGGAGAAAGUCUAUGAAAAUUUAAAAAGCAUUAGAAACGAUGUGCACUAGAUACAUUGCCCCGUACCGAGGAGACGCAAAUAAGCAUAAAAAGUUCUUGUGUAACUUCUGACUUAUAUUCAGCGGUCCAAACCUUUAGAAGUAUUCACUGGUGGAACGUGAACCUCUGAUUGAGCUGAAAGUGUUGAAAUGUUGAAAAGGAUCUUUCUAUGAUGGCAAAGAAUGAGUUACUUUGGCCUGGGAAUAAGUUCACAUCUGAGGGAUCUAAUGAAUGUUCUCAUCCCAGUGUGACACUGACUUCAAGACGUGUAAAGUGUUGUAUUUAGAGUCAGACGUUAUGCUGACUACACAUUAAAUCUUUGCGGCUUCUGGAAACGCUCUAUACCUUAGCAGACGCACAUGGUAUUUUAUUUUGCAAUCUGGGACUUUUGAGUGGAUGCCAGUGGAAUUGCUUUAAAUAUCCUAAUAUUGUAAAAAGACAUAAAGACAACCUGUACGUCACCAUCAAUGGAAAUAAAUCAAUUUGCUUUGAUCUUGUUGGAUAAGCAACAAAACCAUGAAUGUCCAGAACUGGGUGUGGUGAAUUUGCAGACUGGUCAGACACUUUAACCGAUCUUAAGUCUGUUCAUUGGACGGUUCCCCUUAUGAACCUCUCUGGCCUCUUUUUGUGGAUAUGACUUUUCUCAUGAACAAUUCAUUCAAGACGUUUUUGAAAAAGCCUGUAAAAUCAGUAACAUUAACAUGUAAUGAGGUGCAUCAGAUUUUUGCAGCUCCAGCGAACACAGACACGUUGAAGGUCCAGUGUCCAGCCAUUGCUGUAUGCAAUCAUAGUUACUUAAUGUGUUAUUAAGUUUGUUCAUUUGUUUUUCUAGUUUUUUAUAUAUAUAAAUAUAUUCUGUUGAACAAAAAUGAUUGUCUGACUAUCUGAGGUCGGUGUUUAAGAUUGGUGAUAACUAUGGUUAUUAUUAAUCUCUCUUUUUAACCAUUUUUAUUAUUCUUUUUAUUUUAUUGUUUAUUUAUGAGGUUAGUUUUAUUCUCUUUGGCACUUAAUAUCCUUAAAGUAAAUGUUGGUAUUUUGCACAGUGUCCUCAGCUCCUGGGUGCAUGCUUUGAGCGUGUGUGUGUGUGUGUAUGUUAAAAUGACGUGUCUGGUAAGUUGUCCUUUAACUGCAGACCAAACCGAAAUCUGUUUUUAAUGCUGCAUUUGUUCCCAUAUUGAUAUACUCAGAUGGUUCAUUGACUCGUCAAUUUCUCCCAUUGUUCUUCAGAAACCUCAUAUAUACUUGGUUUUCAAAAUCGUGUUGUGUUAGAAAGUCAAUGGAAUUUGAUGAAUGUUGGCAUCAAGGCAAAGUCAUGGUAAUCCUGCUUCGACAAAACAGCCUUGUGUUGUUGAUGUACGAAAGUUAUGUAACGUUCAACUUGGCUUAGGCAACACACAGACAUAUUGUCUCUUUCAUAAUGUCAAAGGGCCAGUGUUUAGGUUUCAGGACGAUCGAUUGAGAAAUUUAAGAUCAUUUUCGUUACCUUAGAUUUGAAUAAGCCCUUUAUAUCUACAUCAGGACCGGGUCCUCUUACAUGGAGUCCACCAUGUUGGACCGUCAUGUUUCUAGAGAGUUACCAGAAGGUCACUGUAGGAGGGGUGAAGGGAGGGAUAUUCAGCUGUAAGCAGUCUGGAACACUGAAACUUUCACUAUACAUUCUUUAUGCUAAAGAUCCAUGUUUUCUCUCCAGAUCCUUUAAUAGAAGCAUAUUUAACGUCCCUACACAUUCAAAAGUUGUCAAUAUUGAAAAUAGCUGGCCCCUUCUAUGUUUUGACAACGCUAUAUGAAAAAGGUUUGGUUAUGUUUGGGCUAAAAGAAAAGUAACAUCAAAGUUAAUUCCAGAAAAGAUUAUGGUAUGGUCUAUGGUGUGGAAUUUGACAGUACAAACUCUGGCGGGAGCAAGUAUGAAAGCCACUCAAUGAGAUGUGAGGUUUCUGCAAAGCGCAGGUAACUCGAUAGGACGUCAUGUUUUUGGGACCUGGUGAAAAGGAAAAUAUGAAUACAAUCUUCAUCCAGUUGCCCUAAUACAAUCAAUGAGAUGUACGGAAAAUAAAAGGUGUGCGGUGUAAAACCAAAA